CGUACAAGCAGUGAGCUCCAGGACGCCGCUGCAUCAACUAUAUCGGGUCCAGUGCGCGCGAAACGUGUUGUUAAGAUAAUAGUGUGUACUUUACAUUACUGUCCGAUAUAGCUGCCAUUAAACUGUCGUUGUCGUUUUUUCCCGUUUCUGUUGUCAUCGUCGUCGUCGUUGUUGUUGUUGUUGUUGUUGUUUUUAUUGUUGAUAUAGUAGUUUUUACCGUUCAGAAAUCACACUCUGUGUAGUCUAUUUUUUUCAAGAGUACUGCCUAAACGUGGAUUAGAACAAUAUGAUGACCAAACAGAUUGUUCAAACAAUAUUUCUACUCACUACUUUCAUAAGUGUCUACAGCGCAGUAGAAGCUGGAAAUGAAUCACAUGUAAGAAUACGAAGAGAACCUCCUUCAAAAUAUGGUCCACCAAAACAAUCAAGGCCAAGACCUGUUUAUGGACCACCAAAAUCUAGUGGACGACCUAAACAAGCUUAUGGCCCACCGCCAAAACCUAAAUAUGGACCUCCACCGAAACCAAAAUAUGGUCCACCAAAACCCAGUUAUGGACCUCCAAAACCAAGUUAUGGACCUCCAAAACCAGUAUAUGGACCACCCCCAAAGCCAAAAUAUGGACCACCAAAACCAUCAUAUGGACCUCCAACAAAACCAUCUUUUGGACCACCAAAACCUGUUUAUGGACCUCCUUCUAAACCGUCUAAUUCAUACGGAGCACCUCCAUCGUCUUCAUAUGGUGCACCACCAUCAUCUUCAUAUGGUGCACCACCAUCAUCGUCAUAUGGAGCUCCGCCAUCGUCUUCAUAUGGUGCACCACCAUCAAGUUCAUAUGGUGCACCACCAUCAAGUUCAUAUGGAGCUCCACCAUCAUCUUCAUAUGGUGCACCACCAUCAUCGUCAUAUGGAACUCCGCCAUCGUCGUCAUAUGGGGCACCACCAUCAAACUCAUAUGGAGCUCCGCCAUCAUCAUCAUAUGGGGCACCUCCCUCAUCCUCAUAUGGAGCUCCACCAUCAUCAUCGUAUGGAGCACCUCCAUCAUCUUCAUAUGGAGCUCCACCAUCAUCUUCAUAUGGUGCUCCACCAUCAAGUUCAUAUGGAGCUCCGCCUUCAUCGACAUAUGGUGCACCACCAUCAAGUUCAUAUGGAGCCCCACCAUCAUCGUCAUAUGGGGCACCACCAUCAAGUUCAUAUGGGGCACCUCCAUCAACCUCAUAUGGAGCGCCCUCUUCACCUUCAUUUGGACCUCCCCCCUCGUCUUCAUAUGGAGCACCAUCAGCAGCUCAACAAGGACCUCCGACAUCCAAUUCAUAUGGAGCCCCACCAUCACCAUCAUAUGGAGCCCCACCAUCACCAUCAUAUGGAGCUCCACCUUCAUCUUCCUAUGGAGCACCUUCACUAACACAAUCUUCUUCAUUUGGAUUAACUUCCUCUAAAUCUUUUCCUUCAUUAACUUAUAACGUUCCGUCACAAUCUUCUUCCUAUAGUGCACCAUCAAAACCUUCAUCUUCAUAUGGAGCACCAUCAUUGCCAUCUUCUUCUUAUGGAGCACCGUCACCACCGGCAACAUCAUAUGGGGUACCAACAAAUAGUUAUAACGCACCAUCUUCUAGUCAAUCUAUAUCAAUAAUCCCUUCUAACGGACCUUCAUCUUCUUAUGGAGCGCCUCCAAACGGACCUUCGACUUCUUAUGGAGCACCUUCAAACAUACCUUCAAGUUCAUAUGGAGCCCCUUCUAAUGGACCUUCAAAUUCAUACGGCGCCCCAACAUCCGGCUCAUAUAGUUCAUUUGGAUCUAAUUCUCAAAAUGAUGAUAUAGACCCAUUUAAUAUAGAAAGUCUGUUUAAUUCUCACACUCAAUUUAGUGCACCAAUACCUUCAGUUACAUAUGGUUUACAAUCUUUAAAUAAGGAACUAUCAAGAGUACCAUCAAUUACUUAUGGUUCUCCCAAAGGAAACAGUGGAGAUAUCCAAGGUUCUUACAGCAGUAUAUCAAAUUCUGUUUCAUACCCAGAAGAAAAUUCUCAAUUUACAUUGGUAGAUUCAUAUGGAGAACCUGCAAAUAGUAGAGAUGUAAAUAAAUCACCUAAAGAAUCGUUUCAUAUGGUCCAAUCCCAAUACAACACUCAAAGUCCAGAUACACAAACAACACAAUCUAGCACAUUACAAAGACGUUAUAAAGAAUCUUCAGAAAACACUGAUACUGCAUCAGCAUCUAAUUCGGAUGAUAAGUUAAAGGAAAAAAAAGUAGUUGUAAAUGACAAACUAAAUGCGUACUUGAAGUACAUAACUAAGAGUACACAAAAGCCAGACACUGGUUUUCAAGCACCCAAAAAGAUUUUUAGUUUCAACUAUGAAGAAUCUCCUUCUCAAGUCAAUGAUAGCCUUAGUUCAUUAGAUGACAAUCUUCCAAUUAAUCAUAAAAAUUAUGAAUCUAAUUCAAACCAAAAUGUAAAUGCUCAUACAUAUUCUGACAAUCAAUGGAAAAUCACUGAAAGUAUUAGAUAAUAAAAUCGCAUUGUUAUUCAA